UAUUUUCAAAUUCGCAGGCCUCGGCGUGGCACUGCCUAGCUCGUCUACCAGAUCGAUCGGAGUCGCUUUCCUUGUGUCCGUACGAAGAUUCGAGCGCGCGAGAGCUUCUUCUUCUCAAUCACGACCGUUUAUCUCUUCAAAUCACUCUUGAUUGGUUGAUCAGGAAUACACAAUCGAUAUCUACCAAAUGGGAAAACCCAAUCCUGAUGAAAAGAUUCUUAGCUACAAUGAUGUUGUACUCAGACGAUCAGACUUGGAUAUCCUCAGUGGCCCGUAUUUUCUCAAUGAUCGACUCAUCGAGUUUUAUUUCAGUUAUCUGUCAUCAUGCUCUGAGGAGAUAUUACUCAUUCCACCUUCAAUUGCAUUCUGGAUGAUGAAUGCAGUUGGUCAAGGCCUCCACGAGUUCCUGGUACCUCUUAAUUUGCCGGAUAAAAAACUGGUAAUCUUUCCAGUCAAUGACAAUGAGGAUGUGAGUGAAGCUGGAGGUGGGUCUCACUGGAGCCUACUUGCAUUUGAGAGAGAUUCUAACGUCUUUGUUCAUCAUGAUAGCAAUGGAGGGAUGAAUAGAAGGCACGCUAAAAAACUGUAUGAUGCGGUUGUUGACUUCAUGAGUGUCUCCAGUUCAGCAACCAAGCCCACUUAUCAAGAGUGUAGUGAUUCACCGCAACAAGUAAACGGUUAUGAUUGUGGCUUGUAUGUGUUGGCUAUUGCAAGGGUUAUAUGCAGCUGGUACGGAAAUAAAGACACAGGUGAACGGAAUUUGUGGUUCCAUGAUGUGCGCGAGCAGGUCACUCCAUCUGUUGUUGCUGCAAUGCGAAACGAGAUCCUGGAGCUGAUCAGAGGUCUCAUGCUCGUGAAGUGAAGUUUGCCUACAAAGUGAGAGUCGAAGGGGAGAGCGUAAUCUUAUCCACAGACAAAGUUUACCAUUUUGUUUUAGGUAAAAACAAAGUUUAGCUUUCACUGUCUCGGGUUCUUGACACAUAUAGAACCAUAGAUCAUUCUGCUUGCUACAAGAUGUUUGUAGAAAUCUUCCUUAUCUUUUUUUCGCUGUGGGAUGUUUGUGGAAAUCUUCGAACAUGCCCACUUCUUCCGGCCAUUGGUUGUGAAAUUGAACCCCAACAUCCUCCUCCUCCUCCUCCUCCUCAUCUGCUUUGUACUGGUCCUGGUGAUCAUCGAAUUCUUUAUGCUGUGGGAUGUUUGGUAAAGACAAAGUUUAUCCCAGCAAGUCCCAUCAUAUGAAAUGGGUUCAAUAAGAACAGUUUAUUAUUUAAUAGGGAAAUAAUAAAUUAAGUUACUAAA